UUCAUCAACAAAAACACAUUUAAAUUAAACAUCUAUCUAUCAUACAUUUAUAUACAUAAUAAAACUAAAAAAAUGGCCCAAACUUGUUCGAUUUUCUUCAUUCCCUACAUGAUGCUUCUCUUGUCUCUGUUGGCCGCCGGAGUAGCCACAAUCACCGAAGGGGAACUGCUUUCCUCGAUGAUUGGAGUCCAAGGUCUCAUCUACUGCAAACAAGGAUCUAAGCUUACCCCUCUCCAAGGUGCAGUGGCGAGAGUGACAUGUGAGAGAGCUGAUGAAUAUGGUUAUGAAGCGGAGGAUGUGACGGUGCUUAGUCAAGCAACGGAUGCGAAGGGUUAUUUCUUGGCGACGCUUUCUUCGUCGGAGGUGAAGGAUUACAAGAAACUGAUGAAGAUCAAAGAGUGCAGGGCGUUUCUUGAGCUUUCUCCAUCUGACACGUGUUCUUUCCCGACGGAGAUCAACCGUGGGAUCAGCGGAGCCAUUCUCCAAAACUAUCCCCGCCGGUUCAUUUCGCUGAUCGACGCUCAACUUGACCGGAAAGGCAAAGUGGCUGCUAAAUCCACUGUAGGGGCUCUCGAAGACUGCAAAUUUCUAGCCAGCCUGACUAUGGACUACCUCCUUAGUAGCUCACAGACGGCUGAUUCCACCAAAACGCUGUCGUUAUCUAGGGCCGAGGAUGUUCAUACAUUUCUGAGUGCUGCCAUCACCAACGAACAGACUUGUCUUGAAGGACUUAAAUCAACGGCGUCGGAAAAUGGUCUCCCCGGUGAACUUUUCAACGAUACAAAACUCUAUGGGGUGUCUCUUGCCCUUUUCUCCAAAGGUUGGGUGCCAAGAAGGCAAAGAUCGAGACCGAUUUGGCAACCACAAGCCAGCUUCAAAAAGUUUUUUGGUUUCCGUAACGGUAGAUUACCGUUAAAGAUGACGGAAAAAGCACGUGCCAUUUACAACACCGUGACUAGGAGAAAGCUUCUCCAAUCUGAUGUAGACGCCGUUCAGGUGAGCGACAUUGUGACGGUGAUUCAGAACGGGACGGGAAACUUCACGACCAUAAACGCCGCCAUUGCAGCCGCGCCAAACAAAACUGACGGUAGUAACGGUUACUUCUUGAUCUACGUAACGGCGGGAUUGUACGAGGAAUACGUGGACAUUCCCAAGAGCAAGAGAUAUGUGAUGAUGGUCGGUGACGGCAUCAACCAAACGGUUAUCACCGGAAACCGGAGCGUCGUUGAUGGAUGGACCACUUUCAAUUCCGCCACAUUUAUUCUAUCAGGUCCCAACUUUAUUGGUGUAAACAUAACAAUCCGCAAUACGGCAGGACCAACCAAAGGCCAAGCCGUGGCAUUGAGGAGUGGUGGAGAUUUGUCUGUUUUCUAUAGUUGUAGUUUUGAAGCCUAUCAAGACACGUUAUACACACAUUCUCUCAGACAGUUUUAUCGUGAAUGUGAUGUAUAUGGUACCGUUGAUUUUAUAUUCGGUAAUGCUGCAGUGGUAUUACAAAGCUGUAAUUUGUAUCCACGUCAACCUCGCAAAGGUCAAGCGAACGAGGUUACGGCUCAAGGUCGUACCGAUCCCAACCAAAACACUGGAACGGCAAUUCAUGGUUGUACUAUAAGACCGGCAGAUGAUUUGGCUACGAGCAACUAUACAGUGAAGACUUAUCUUGGUCGACCAUGGAAGGAAUAUUCUAGAACCGUUGUUAUGCAAACUUACAUAGAUGGGUUUCUAGAACCGACUGGUUGGAAUGCAUGGUCGGGCGAUUUCGCAUUGAGCACACUUUACUACGCGGAAUACAAUAAUACCGGACCUGGUUCUGACACGACAAACCGAGUCUCUUGGGCAGGUUAUCACGUCAUCAACGCUACUGAUGCUUCCAAUUUCACGGUCACCAAUUUCCUUGUUGGUGAGGGUUGGAUCGGACAAACCGGAGUGCCUUUCGUGGGUGGACUGAUCGCAUAAUCAACCAACCUUAUACUAUAUGACAUGU